GAAUAUUUCUCAGUAUUCACAUUAUCAUUGAUACUUCAUUGAUAUAUGUCAGUUGAUUCUCGUCGUGUCAAUCGCUAUGAAUUCAAGAAUGAAAUUUUCCAAGAAAAUUAUUUAUUAUAAUACGCAAAUUUUAUAACUCUCAUUCUCACUUCAAAUUAUGUCUUCUUCGCGACUUAUCAAUGAUUAUUAAUAACAAAUUUAUGGGCUACGAUAAAAGAGGAGAGGAGAAUGACAUUGUGUUUUACAUGGUAAUAUGAUAGAAGUUUGAAACUAAUGUUUUAACGAGAGGAAAGCAUUCCUGGAGAAACUUUUGCUAUACGAUAUCGUGGGCACAAACUUGUCUCAUUACUUCGAGGAAAAUAUCUGAUUCUCAUUCAUAUACGUGACUAUUUCUGUAUUUAUUAUCAUUCAAGAAUAUCCCAUAAGGUUUAGAGAGAAAAUAGUGUUUUAAAAAAUAGUUUUUAUUCCUUCAAUUGUUUAACAAUUUUUUUUUUUGCAAUACAACAUUUCAAUCGUUAACCAAAAAAAAAAAAAAUUGUCAAGAAAUUAAUAAAUGAAUGUUUGGUGAUGAAAAAAAAUGUUAAUUAAAAAUGGAAGUCGAUUACUUUUAAAUGCCACAGGUGGAAUUUUGAGAAAAAUGGGACACUAUCGUUAUUUUAGAAAAUCGCCAAUAAUUGCGAGUAAAUCGUUGAAAGUGGCAAUUUUAGGUUGUACCGGAAGGACAGGAAGAUGUUUGUCCCUAUUUUUGAAGCAAUCAGCUUUAAUUGAUGAAUUGGCACUUUAUGAUAUUAAAUCGAUUCGCGGAUUAGCAAUGGAAUUAAAUUGCAUUGACACAAACUCUAAAGUGAAUUAUUCUGAAACUGAUGAGCCUUCUUUGAAAGAAGUUUUAGAGGAUGCAAAAAUAGUGAUGAUCACUGCCGGUAAAUCAUAUUCGAGCACAUCACCAAAUGAUGAUAUUCUCUAUGAUAAUGCUCUCAUUUUGGCCGAAAUUUUUCCCGAAAUCGUCAAAUAUUGUCCCGAUGCAUUAAUAGGAAUGACGAUGAAUCCUGUGAACAGUCUAAUACCAAUGGCAGCAGAAAUGUUAAAAAUGGCUGGCAUUACAAAUCUAAAUCGCCUUUUUGGUGUGACAACAAUAAACAGCAUUAGAGCAAACACAAUGACGGCGGAUAUUCUUGGUGUCGAUCCAGAAUGUGUUGUUGUUCCAAUAAUUGGUGGUAAUUGUCCAAAAACAUGUGUACCACUAUUUUCGAGCGCAAAACCAUGCAACAGUUUCACUCACGAAGAAAUCGGUAAAUUAACGCAUGGCGUAAGAAAUGCAGAUCAAGAUUUUCAGCAAAAAUAUCCCGAAGUGGAAAAUUCAUUACACUUAAUGGAAGGCUAUGCUGCCGCAAGAUUUUGUAUGUCCUUGUGUAAAGCUUUACGGGAUCAAACGGAGGUGGUGGAAUGUGCUUAUGUUCGAUCUUGUGUUAUUCCGGAAGUGACGUAUUUCGCCUCGCCUUUGAGGCUAGGUCCAUGCGGAAUUCAGAUGCAUUUAGGUGUGCCACCUCUUUCAGAUUCAGAAUGCAAAUUACUUGAAGUUGCAGUACCUGAAUUGAGGGAAGCAAUUAAAAUUGGAGAGACACUCGCUCUUGGAACUGAAGACAUUUCAUCUGAGAUUUGUCCCCCAGACCCUGAACCAUGUGCCGAACGAGUUUAUUCCUCGGAAAAUAGUAAAACUCCCCCAACUACUUGUGCCGAAUGAGUUAAUAAAUUCAUAAUUUAAUUACCAAUUUUAUUUUACUAAUAUUUAGUAUGAAUUUUUUUUUCUUUCUUUUUUUUCUA